AUCAAUAAUUGCUCCUGCAAUCGGCAUUGGGCCGCUCCUUGCGACAUCGAUCCAUGGAUGUCGCGAUUUUACAAACAUACCAAUCGCCAUCGCCGGGUCACUCGUUAACCGCGAUUUGGAAUCCCCAUGAUAAAAUGCCGCAGCACUUAUAUUGCUGCUCGUCGGGGCUGCUGCCGAGAGUGGUGCAGUGAGCGAUGCCGAAAGAAGCUUUGCCAAGGAUCUAUUAUAAUUUCUCUGUCAGCACCGGUAGCGUGGAGUGGUACUUAUCUUGGCUAGAGACCCAACUGCCACUCGCCGCUCUGAACGGACAUCACGAGUCAGGAGUCGCAGCUUGAGCCUCGAGGAAAAUGCCCGUCUACGAGACCCCGACAAAUCCGUCGGAAAUAUCGCCUCUGCUUCCCUCGCUGAAACAACCUUCCUACGCCAGCGCCUCCACGGUCUCGCUUUCAUCCGAGUCAUCGUCGAGCAGUCGGAACAGUCAUUCGGACCAAGCAAGCAGCGACGAUGUCGAGGCCACCGGUGAAGGGGAAGAGACACAGGGGGCCAAGCAGGUCGACUCUCAUAAACAUGUCAUAAGGAUGAUUUCUGUGCUCCUCAUCGGCAUCUUCGUCGCUCAUGCAGACGGCUCCAUCCUGAUGGCGACGCACCCGUUGAUAGCAUCCGAGUUCAACGAUCUGACCAACUCGACUUGGUUGAUAACCAGCUUUGUGCUCGCUGGAGCAGCCACCCAGACCCUCUAUGGCAAGCUCAGCGACAUCUAUGGAAGGAAGCCCGUGGUUCUCGCGGCUUACUCGAUUUUCGCCUUUGGCUGUGCAUUGGUCGGAGUUGGACAGUCCAUGUGGCAGGUGAUUCUCGGCCGCGUGAUAUCCGGGGCUGGCAGCUCGGGCAUGACGGUUCUCGUCUCCAUUAUUAUCACAGAUCUCCUCCCGCUGAGGGAAGUCGCAGCUUGGCGGUCGUACGUCAACAUUGUUGCCACCACAGGCCGAAGCCUUGGCGGCCCUGUCGGGGGUUGGCUGGCGGAUGUGAUCGGAUGGCGAUGGUCAUUCUUUGGGCAGGUCCCACUCAUAUUAUUCGCCAUCUUCCUCUGCGCGUUAUACCUGCCAAACUCCAUCUCUACCACGCCCAUUGGCUCUGCUAAUGGCUCAGGAGGUGCGAAAAGCGCUCUGGGCCAACUUCGACGAGUCGACUUCAAGGGCUCUUUUCUCUUAACAGCAGUAAUCCUUGCGCUGCUCUUCCCCUUAGAACUCGGUGGCGUCCACAUACCCUGGACUCACCCGUUGGUCUUCUCCCUGUUUGCAGCAAGCGUGGUUCUUCUAGCUUUGUUUGUGUUUGUCGAAAAGCGAGCUCCUGAGCCCAUCAUCCCGCUCGAGAUAUUCCACCAGCGGGAUGCAGUCAUGUCAUAUCUUGUCAUGGGGCUACAGGGUUCUGCCCAGAUCGCCAUGAUGUUCUUGGUGCCGCUCUACUUUCAAGUAACAACAAGAACGUCAAACGCCGAGGCUGGAGCCCAUCUCUUCCCAGCAGUCGUUGGAAAUGCAGUUGGCGGGUUGAUCUCGGGCGUCUAUAUUAAGCGCUACGGUCGAUAUAAGCAGUUGUGCAUCUUUGCGACAAUAUCUUCGAUAACAUGUUACAUUUUGCUGAUGUUGACAUGGCACGGAAACACGAGCUGGUGGGAGUCACUUUACAUCAUUCCCGGCGGCUUCGGAGUGGGGAUUUCACAAAGCGCGUUAUUCAUCUCGCUGCAGGUCGUCGUCGACCCCACUCACAUGGCAUCUGCCAUCUCGAUGAUGUAUCUGUCAACCACAAUCUGCACCAUGACUGGCCUCGUCAGCGCCAGUGCUGUGAUGCAGGGAACCCUCCGCCGAGGACUCGAAUCCCGGCUUCUGGGCCUCGGCUUGGAUCUUCCCAGCAGGCAAAAGAUCAUCUCGGAAGCAGUCUCGGAUGUUGGUUACGUGUCUCGCACUCAUGGUGCCGUGCGGACCGCAAUUGUCGGGUCCUAUGUUGACAGUCUCUGGUACAGCCAUGGGGUUUCUCUGAUUUAUUCUCUCUUGGCAUUCCUCGGUGCCAUCCUCCUGAGGCAGAAACGGCUAGAUCACUUUCCGCGCUGAGCGAUGCUUGACGAGACUCGAGGGGACAAACUCGGGUAGUCGGACAUGAAGGGCAGAAAGAAAAUAUAUAUAUAUAUAUAAUAG